UUCAGAGCAAAAAUAGGCCGCAACCUUUAAUUUACAUGGCACCAUUAAUGAUGAUACGAGUACUAUUAUUGUUAUCAUUACUUUUCUGUUGCGAUCGCUCUGCAGCCCAGCCGCCGCCGCCGUCGUCAUCGGCUCCAAUAAUACCUUCAUGCAAUGUGAACUUUAUCAACGCCUCUUGCUAUAACGCCACCACGCACAAACCACUGUGCGUGGAGUCUCUGACCCCAUACGCCGACUACAUCGGCGGAAGCAAGCGGCGCAUCGCGCUGGUGGCGCUAUGCCUGAGCCGAGCCAAGGCUCGGGACGCCGCGAGCUUCGUCGUGGCGAAGCUGAAGGAGCCGAAAAGGAACUUGACGAGGAUGGAGUUCGGCGCUAUGAGGGACUGCCAAGAGGAAAUGAAGGGCUUGGAUGAGGAGCUGAGGCCGUCCAUCACGGAGCUCGGGCAGGCGAAGACGGGCAGCCCGGAUGCGUUCGCGGGGCACAUGGGGAACGUGCAGACGUGGGUCAGCGCGGCGUUGACCGAUAUUGACACGUGCUUUGAGGGGCUGCCCCGGGGAUCGGAGCUGAGGGGCGAGGUUGAAGGUGCGGUUUCGUGCGUUUAUGACCUGAUUAGCAACGCACUGGCCUUGAUCAAUGACUUUGCUGCUUCAAGAACUCAUGCAAAUUCCUGCAAAAAGCCACACCAUCUCCUUACCCAGCUUCCUCACCCUUAAGAUAACUCACCCCACCCCUGCAAAAACUGUCACAAAUUAAAUUUGUACUUGACAUGCAUGUAUUAUACCUUAGAAUCUGGAAAAUAUGUAUAUAUGUAUGCUUUAGGUAGACUUCUUUUUUUGUUUUAGGUCCGAUACAGAGUCGAUACAGUCACUUCAGUCAAAACUACAUAAUUUUCACCAGAACUUCAACCGAUUUCAGUGUUAUCGAACGGGCUCUUAAUGGAUCAAUAGUGAUGGAGUUUAAUUCCAACUACGAGAGCUAAUCUACGAGAGCAGAUGAAAUUUAGGCAGCAUAAGGCAGUAUUAUUAUUUCGGAUUUCGAAUCCUUUGUAGGAUGUGUACAUGAAGUAUUUAUAGACCUUAAGUUCUAGUAUUCUAAGAGGAAACUAAUAAAUUUAAUGUGUUUAAUCAUAAUAAGAGUCAUGUAACGUCUCG